UGUCCGGAGCGACAGAGGGAAAAUAUUUCGGUCGGAACGGAAAUUAAUCCGGUCCGAAUACUACCGUUUGCGUAGGAACCGGUUCCAUAGUGGUAGCCAACCCUAGGUAAUACACUGAAUAUGGAUAAGUAGGCUGGUGGGCGUGGUGAGAUGACUCUUCAGGUUGAUAUUCAGGUUUCCACAGAGAUUGAAGGUGUGGCGAAACACUUUUCCGGUUCAAACUAAAAUCAGAGGAACUUCCUGUUGUCAUCAUGUCUUUAUGGGAUGACUUGGAGUCUCUUGUGAGUUCACCUUCUUCUUUCACAGCAAAGACUGGGGAGAGAGGAACCAUCAAGCCCAUACCCAACUUUAAUGCAGGAGGCGAUGCUCAGGCUCUGAAGAAGGCCAUGAAAGGACUUGGCACCGAUGAGAAGACUUUGAUUGACGUUUUGACCCAUCGAAGCAGCGCUCAGAGGCAGCUCAUCUGUGAAGCUUAUCAGAAAGAAACUGGCAAACCAUUAGUGAAUGACCUGAAAGGAGAAACCGGCGGUAACUUUGAGGAGCUGCUGGUGGCGCUCGUCACCACUCCUGCGGCGUUUGACUGCCAUGAAGUGAUCCGGGCCACAAAAGGAGCGGGGACAACAGAGAGCGUCUUGAUUGAAAUCUUUGCCUCCAGAUCCAACGAGCAAAUCAAAGCUCUCUCUGAUGCCUAUUUCAACGAAACAAAGAAGAAGUUGACUGAAGAUCUGAAGGGGGAAGUUUCCGGAGACUUUUCCAAAGCGCUGCUCCUCCUGGCCGAGGGCAAGAGGGCCGCGGACACCACAGUAAAUACAGAGAAGGCAAAAGAAGACGCCAAGACCCUUUACAAUGCUGGGGAGAAGAAUUUUGGCACCGAUGAAUCUAAAUUCAUUGAAAUCCUCUGCCAGAGAAGUAUACCUCAACUGAGACAAACUCUUGUUGAAUACAAGAACAUCAGUGGAAAGACUCUGCAGCAAAGCAUCGAAGGAGAGAUGUCAGGGAAGUUGGAGAUGCUACUGGUGGCGAUCGUGAAAUGUGUGAAGAGCGUACCGGCCUACUUUGCUGAACACCUGUACGGGAGCAUGAAGGGUGGUGGAACAGACGAGCGGACCCUGACCCGGAUCAUGGUGAGCCGGUCCGAGAUCGAUCUGUUGGACAUCAGAGCCGAGUUCAAGAAACUCUACAAAUACUCACUGCACUCUGCCAUCAAGUCAGAUCUGUCGGACAGCUAUGGGGAGUGUGUGAACGCCAUCUGUGGAGGAGACGACUAACGCCUGAGUUCUACCGUACCGUAGGCCGAAAAGAAGUCUGCCUCCUCUUAAACUUGUUCUCUGAUACUUAUAAUCAGUGGUGUAGUCUACGUGAUAUGCAGGUAUAUGCAGUAUACCCACUAAGAAAGCUCCAGGAUUUCCAUAUACCCUCUUAAAAAUGCCCAAUGACAUGCGACUACAUACUUUCCAUUAUAUUUUUGAUACAUUUUGAGUUGUCAUCUGUUUUCUUUUUCUUCGCAUAAGCUAAAUAAAGGUAUUUCCACUGUAAAUUGGUGCAUUAAAGCAUAUCCAAAUGCAACAUAAAUGAAGUUGCUGACGCUCAAAAGGACACCCAGAUCCCCCACUAUGAUAUGCCCCCUCUUUCCCCAAAGGCAGAUUCUGGCCCUUACAUAUUGGCCAAUAUAUAGAUAGUACAGUAUACCCACUACAAUACAUUAGACUACACCACAGAUUCUAAUUUACUUUCAACUUCAAACUACUACCUAAUAACUUGUUUUACAGACAGCUUUGAAAGACAGACGUCAUGUGAUAUUAUGGAAGGACAGUGAAAAGUCCAGAGAGGCAUGCAGAUCAUCAAAGAUUGAUUUUCUUUUUGUAAAUGAAAACGUCGGCUGAAGUUUUAAUGUACAAUUCUGUUUUGUUUCAGUCUGAUUGCGGAGGGGAAUAUGAAAAGACUCUGCUUCAAAUUUGUGGAGGAGAUGACUAACAUCGACGUGUCUUUUCUUUUUUUUUUCUUUUUUGCAAUUUCCCAUGGAUACAUGCUUUAUGCUUUAUUUUUCUUCCGCCUGCAAAUAAUUCUUACAAUAUUGAAGAUUUUGACCAAAAGAAAAUUCUAGAGCAAACAGCAGUAUUGCAGAAAGUACACAGUAAAAAUUAGGGGUGGGGGAAAAAAUCAAUACAGCAUAAUAUCGCAAUAUUUUCCGUGGCAAUACUGUAUCGAUACACAAACGCCAAGUAUCGAUCUUUUAUUAUAUAUGUGUUGGUCAGUC